AUGAGUGCCAGUCCCAACACUGCGCUCCUCGGCCUCCCGCCCCUGCGCCCCUCGCCGCACAAGCAGCCCUCGUUCUCGCGCUCCCCGUCGUCAUCUGCCGUCCCCAAAGCCUCGACCGCCACAAAGCGCGCACGCUCGUCCUCGAUCGUGUCCGUCCAGGAGGUCGCAGACACCUACGACGACCAGCUCGACCAGGCCGCCCUCAACAACAUCAACGCCGACUGGGUCAACUACAAGGGUGCCUGGCUCAUCCACGUCGUCCUCAUCGCGUCCGCCAUACUCCUCCUUGAGACGAUCCCGGGCAUGUCGCAGGACCUCACCUGGACCAUCGUCAACCUCGGCUACCUCUCGGUCUCCUACGUCAUCUUCCACUACGUGACGGGCGUCCCGUUCGACAUGACCAACAACUCGGGGGCGUUCGACAACCUCACGCUUUGGGAGCAGAUCGACUCGGGCGCGCAGUACACGCCCGCCAAGAAGUGGCUCACCUCGGUCCCGAUCUUCCUCUUCCUCCUGUCGACCCACUACACGCGCUACGACUCGCACCCGGCCCUGUUCACCCUCAACCUCGUCGCGCUCCUCUUUCUCGGUCUCGCCCCGAAACUGCCCGCGUUCCACCGCCUGCGGAUCAAGUUCUUCGACGCUGGCGAGGGCGCAACUCCUGACCCCUCGGCACCGCCUACGCCCAAGGAGGAAGAGUUCCGCCGCUAA